GUCUGAAACCGCCAGUUUGCUCAGACUUCGGCCUGCAGGGAAAAAGAAGCUAAAUCUGCGCCAGAAGAGGUAUAAGGAAGUUGUCCAGCAACGAAUCAGUACCAAAACACCCCCAGUGCAGUAUACUCGCAGACUGAAAACUCGAAAACACAAGAAAUUAAAGCAUGUCGUCUCUCUCUACUCACAGUCGAGUACGUUGUCCGCUUACCUUUAUGCGAGUGUUUUUCCUGGUUUAGACCGUGAAAACAAACCACCGAAAGACGAUUCACAACACGUUCCGGCAAGUUUUAAAGAAUUGAUGCACUUAAUGGAGUCAUCGGGGAAACGUGUUCGGCCACCCUACCUUUCUGGUGAAUAUUUACUUAACAGCCCAGGUUUAACCAUACUUGCAGGAGUUGGUGACACAGAGGGCAUGCGGAAACCGUGCCCAGAGAAUAAACUUCCUAAACAGGGAAAGCACGAAUCCGAUGCUCACUAUAUCGGUCGUGUACACAAGGAAGUGGCCGAUGAAAUGGCCAGGUUGCAGUUCGCCAAAACUCAAAAGACCGAGAUUCUCCUAACGGAGCCACGGAAAGGAAAGAAACAAAUAAAAUCUAUUGAACGUUUGCGCGAGAAAAAAUACAAUAAAAAGCUACACGCUCUGGAAAAGCGUUUGACUGGGUUCGAACAUUUGAAAGAUGUAGUCAAGUUUAACGAGGUGGUAACUGCACCUCCUACCAACUUGACGAAGCCAAAGAAAGUCGGAGCUUCCAGGCGUGCAGUCAUACAUCCGAUUGAUAAGUAAGUGCUACA